CUCAGAUAAUGGGUCAAAAUGCUAAUAAUCAUAUUGAGGAAUUGAAAAUGGGGUUUUAUGGAGGUUUUAGGGUUCAUAGCGAGGGAAAGAGAGGGGAAAAAAAAUGGCAACUUGGGCAAUUGCAGGGAGAUCCACAUCUACAUUGAUGCGAGCAACAUGGAGAACCACCACUGCAAGGGAAUCAGCAACGGCAAGAAUCCGUUUAUCAGAUUCAGUUCGCUCAUGGACUCGGCCCAAUUUGACUCUCCGUCAAUCUCGAAUUUCCCCUUCUUCUCCAGUUGGAAGAUUUGUUCGGCGAGAAUUGAGCUCAGUGUUGCCUCUCCAUAGUGCGAUUGCUUCCGCUUGUCUCGUAUCCAAGCUCCCCAGUGAACUCAGCACCUCUGCCGAAGGUAGAUUUGCUAAUUAUCUUAGUCCCAUCUAAAGUGAAUGCUUGCAAUGGUGAAGAGUUUUCUGUCGUAGUUGAAUGACUAAUCAGUUCCUGUGCAGAAACUGAAAUUCAGGCCUUUCUGAGGUUGAUUGCUGAACAUUUUUGUGUACUUUAAGUUCUUAGCCAGUAGCCGACUCUGGAGUAAUCUCCCGAGACUCUCCUACUCUACCUUCUAUGGAAUUUGGUUUCAGAUGGUGGAAGGAUGAUUUUUAUUUUUGUACUCCUUGAAUAUCUUGAGAGUUAAAUUGGGAUGAGAAGCUGGUAAUAAUAGCUGUUGAUACUGUAUUUUCAAGGUUAGAAUUUUCACCACUUUUCUGCAUUUUGAUGUAGAGUUUUAAAAUUUGAAAAUGUGAAAUUUGACUUUAAGGGAA